AUGGUCGAUGGGGAAACAAAGCCAGCGAUGGGCUAUAUUGAUGAGGUGAUGGAUAGAGCCAAGGAGGCUAUUGCAAAAAGUUUUUGCAACAAAAAGGAGGAGUACAAGAAAGCUUUUGAGAUCAUUGAUCAAAGGAGGGAAUGCCAACUUCAUCGGCCUUUGCAUGCGGCUGGACAUUACUUAAAUCCAGAAACCUUUUAUGAUAACCAAGAAAGCGCAUCUUGUGAAGAAGUUAUGAAAGGAUUAUAUGCAUGCAUCGAGCAAUUAGUUCCAGAUUCUAGCAUCCAAGACAAGAUUUCUGCAGAAUUAUCCGUGUAUCAAAAUGUUGAAGGUUUAUUUGGUAUACCAAUGGCAAUUAGGCAAAGAAAGACAAAACCACCAGCUGAGUGGUGGAUAUCUUAUGGAUCUUCGACUCCCAACUUGAAAAACUUUGUUGUACGAGUCCUUAGUCUCACAUGUAGUGCUACAAGUUGUGAGAGAAAUUCGGGAGUCUUUCAACAUAUCGUAGAUACAAAAAAAGGGUACGGGUAUCCUAUCCUCCUACAUGAAAUAAAUGAGAGCAAUGAAUGGUUGAUGGGUCGAAUGGAGGAAGAUAAAGAAGAUGAUUUUGUGUUUGAAGGUGAAGAUUUGACUUGGGAUGUUGUAGAAGAAGCCUCCGGGGUAAAUGAGCCUUAUUAUUCAACUAGAGCAUCAAGAGAUAGUAGAGGAAAAGAAACAAUGGGAUCCAGUAGGGCCCCUCCUAGAGAUGUGUUGGUUGAUGAAAAUGAGAUGGAAGAGGAUAUUGGCUUGUCUAGUGAUGAGUAUGGAGAUAUGGUGCUUGAGGUUGAUGGUUAUGAUGAUGAUGAGUGA